AUGAUUAAUGUGGGGGUGGCGGGGGGGGGGGGGGGGGGGGGGAUAGGGGGGGGUGGGGGGGGAGGGGGGGGGGUGGGUGGGGGUAGGGGGGGAGGGGGUGGGGGAGGGGGUAACAGGUGGUUUCAAAUGGUACAUCACGGGGGGGGGGGUCUUUGGGGGGGGGGGGGGGGGAGGGGGGGGGGUAGGGGAGGGGGGGUGGGGGGGGGGGGGGGGGGGGAGGAGGACAUAGGGGAGGCGGGGGGGGGAGGGGGGGGGGGGGGGGGGGGGAUCACGGGGGUUUGCAUUGGGGGGGGGGGCGGUGGGGGGGGGGGGGGGGCGGGGGGGAGGGGGUGGGAGGGGGGGAAGGGGGGAGGACUUCUCACUGGGGGGGGUGAGGAGGACGGAGCGGUGGGGGGGGGGGGGGGGGGGUGGACGGAGGGGGGCGGUAAGGGACGAAGGGGGGGCGGGCGGGGGGGGAGGGGGGAGGAGGGUGGUAUAACAGUUGGCGGGGGGGGGUCGGGGGAGGUUGGGGGGGGGGUGGGGGGGGGGAGGGGGGGCUUCCUUAGGGGUUUGUGGGGGGGGGGUGUGACUGUUGGGGUGGAAAGCUAUUGGGUAAGUGGGGGGGGGGGGGGUGGGUAG